AUGUCUAAACGUGAUAUCGCUUUCGAACUACACAAACCAGCCAGAAAAAAAAUUCAUGAACCAUCGGUACCUCAAAAUACACCGCCACAAAAUACACCGCCGCAGUACAAUGAAAUAUCGUCGCCAGAUUUAUUUCCAGAACUUGAAUCAUCGUCAUCUAUAGAUUCACCGAAUAUGUUAAUUCCUCGUGCGCCUAUAAGAUUACACACGACGCAGCCAUCAGUCGAAAUGGAUUGGAGUGAUGAUGGAAAUAACGAGCAACUCUAUAGACUUAUAGACAAGUAUGAGGGGUGGGGUAGUGAUUAUGACGAAAUGAAUGAGUUGAUUUUAAAAAAAAACAUAAUAAAUAAUAUUUUUAUUAACAUACAUACCUGA